GUUCCCUCCACCUCACAGCUGACAGUCGCUCUUCAAGGCCAGUUCUUGAGCUGAGCCUUCAGCUCACAUUUUGCUCCAAAAAUGGAAGCACUGUCCUCUAUGUAUUCAGCUGCCUGGGGCACUGUAAGCUGUCUCUUCCGUUCAGGGUCCCCAGUAGCCUGCAAGGCAUCACCUCUGCAAGGAGAAACCAAGAGCUCGCGAGAAUGCGGGCCCCGAGGAAACAGGAAACAUGGCCGUUCUUCCUGCCCAACAGGCAGCAGGGUGAUGGAGGAAGGAGAAUACAAACUGAUUCUCCAGGAGAAUCUUGGAGCAGUGCUGUCUCUGGAUCCCACACAAGAUGUGUCCGGAGGUUUGAGGGAGGAUGAACAGACUCCACAGAGGCUGAGGCUGAUCCUGGUAGGGAAAUCCGGAAGUGGGAAAAGUGCAACAGGAAAUAGCAUCCUUGGCCGGAAAGAAUUCGAGUCCAAACUCAGUGCUAGACCGGUGACCCAGGAGGUCCAGCGGGGGCGCCGAGCGUGGGCUGGGAGGGAGCUUGAGGUCAUCGACACUCCCGACAUUCUGUCCCCUGGGGUGGCGCCGCAAGUGGCCAAUCAGGGCAUCUGCGAAGCCAUUGCCUUCUCCUCCCCGGGGCCCCACGCGGUGCUCCUGGUGAUACAGCUGGGCUCGUUCACGGAGGAGGAUCAGAAUGUGGUCCUGCGCCUCCAGGAGGUCUUCGGGAAGGGCGUCAUGGCCCACACCAUCCUGGUGUUCACGCGGAAGGAAGAUCUGGACGGUGACUCACUGGGAGAGUACCUGCGAGAGACCGAUAACCGGAAACUUGCCAAGCUGGACUUGAAUUGUGAGCGGCGACACUGUGGCUUCAACAACAAGGCAGAGGGGGCGGAGCAGGAGGCCCAGCUAAAGGAGCUCAUGGUGGAAAUCGAUGCAGUCCUGUGGGAAAAUGGUGGCCAUUAUUACAGCAACAAGGCUUACCAUUACUCCCAGCAAAACAUUUAGGGCAAAGAAGAGCAGGAAAGGGAGGACAUCCAGGCGCCCGGCUUUGAGGAAGGGCUCAUUGAGGAGUCCCAGCUAUAAGCACUGCACCAAAUCCAGAAGGACUCUGAGGAUGCUCACAGACAGCUCCUGGAGAAGACACCCAUCUGAGCAUGUGCUGGACUUCAGCGAGGGUUGGCUGCUUCCUGCCGGCCUCCCUCCAACCCAGUCCGGCUUCCAGACCCUCUCUUGCUCUCCAUCCCAUGGGUCCCCGACCAUCCCAGACUCCAAGUCAGUGUCUGGUGUGGCAAGAGGGGUGUGGGCUCCACAGUUCCUGGGUCCUUCAUCACACCUUCCAGAAGACAUGGGCCCUCUCCUCAACCCCCUUCCCCUCCAACCUCACAUCUCAUUGGCGUUACAUCUCUGUACAAGAUCACUGAGAGAACCGAAGCUUCUGGAGGACAUGCUUGUGCCUCAUUUGUCCAUGUAACCCUCACAGCAUCCUGGCUGCUGGAGUCACUGGUUAAAUGUUGAGAUAGCAAAUCAAGGUGGGAUGUUGACCAGUCAAUUCUGCAUCUCUUGGGCUGUGUCCUUGCCCCCAGUGGGGGCAGGCCUGAGGACUUUUAAAGUAUGCUGUGUGUGGUGGGUCAGAACAUAGCAGUGGCUUUGUGACAUAUGGGACAGGACAGGUGCUGGGCUAGGGAGGAGGAAGUAAGUAGAAACAGGGAAGUGGUAGAAGGAGCAGCCCUUUUAUUUAUUCACUGUGGAAAGAAGCCACCCAGUCUCAGCAAGCAAGCCCUGUGGGAGCCUCCUGGCAGGAUGCUGAGCAGAAGGGGGCAGGCCUGAUCAAGAAAGUGGAGCCUAGACCUGACAUCAGGACAUGGAGGCCCAGGGAGGUGCCACGUGGCUUGGGCAGAGGAGAAGCACUUCCCUGAAGCAGGCUCGGACUAGGUUAUACACCUGUCACUCCUGCCUCGUGAUGCUGGCCCUCUGAUGUUAGAGAGCAGAGGUGAUUUUCAGCCCUGCCUCUGCCUUACCUGCAGCCCCUUCCCGUCUCCCUUGAGAGUGGGGAGAAAGAGUGGGUGGGAUUUGUCUGUAACUGGGUCCCACCGCAAGGCAUCUUGGGAUAUAGAAUGGAGGGAAGCAGAGAAAAAAAGGGAGGUUGCAGAGGAAGCAGGUGAAUGGUUUAAACAUCCAAGGGAGCAGCCUACUGGGCUGAUGGGGAGAAGCCUGCAACAUGUGGGUGUCUUUCUGGAGAGUUGAUGGUUCUGAGGAAGUGAAAUGGGACAGGAGAAGAGAGCAGCACGUUGGUCUGGCUCUGGUCUCUGAUGGGUGCCAUCUGUCUGCACAGGGAGACUGAUGCAUCUCAGACGCACUUCAGUUUCUUUGAGGUUCAGGAUGCUCCUGGGGCAUCUGACCAAUAAUGGAAACAGAGUAGGAGAAAACAGGAGGGAAAUUGCCUCCCAAUGUAGCCACCUUUUCCUUCCUUCAAGCUGUGCAGCAGAGGGGUGGGGAAGUGAAUUGGGACAGGAGAAGAGAGCAGCACGUUGGUCUGGCUCUGGUCUCUGAUGGGUGCCAUCUGUCUGCACAGGGAGACUGAUGCAUCUCAGACGCACUUCAGUUUCUUUGAGGUUCAGGAUGCUCCUGGGGCAUCUGACCAAUAAUGGAAACAGAGUAGGAGAAAACAGGAGGGAAAUUGCCUCCCAAUGUAGCCACCUUUUCCUUCCUUCAAGCUGUGCAGCAGAGGGGUGGGAAGUGGAGGUGAGGGUGGCGUUGCUGGAGAACCAUCAGAAAUCAGAGGAUGCAGCCUCAGGUCUCCCAUAAUCUGGAUGCUCAUCAGCUGAUGAGAGAUUCUCUUUAAUCAAGCAGCCAAUCUGGAGACCAUGGCACCCAUGUUCUCCAGACACAGCAGACUCCUAAGAAAGCUUAAGCAUUUCUUAUGCUAAAAGAUUCAGAAAAGUGUCUCAAGGCAGAACAGAACUUAUUUUGGUUAUGCUAUCUUAAAUAGCCUCUGUGCCAGACCAUUCAUUUAUUAAGUAGGUGAUCCAUUUCCUGCUGAACUGCAACACAACAUUUAUCAUAUGUUAAAUUUUCAUAUUCCCUAAGAUCCAAUUCAGGAUUUUCAAUUCUGUUCUUGUCUUCCUAAUUUUCUACUCCUGUAUGAAUAAAAUAUUGAUUUGA